AUGGCACCUUACUAUCCUAUUACCGUCCACAGAUCCGACGGCGUGCUCUCUGUCGCGACGAAAUCUGGAGUUAAUGAACCCAACGAACCAACCGCAGCACAACAAAAUGACACACCUGAUUCCAAGGGCAACGUCGAUUGCUACAAGCGACUGGACCCAGAAGAACCCAAGGCAAUAGACUGGAGGAGAAAGCUCGGGGGCAUGCUAAUACAUCGUUUGGGUGGAAAGGAACAGGCGAACAAACAGUACAUCCUUAAACAAAUUCCCGAUGGCUACGUAUUAUGGGAGCACUUGAAGUACAACGUCGAUAAGGUCAACGGGACUCGGGAGAAAGGAAAACAUGCUGGCGGCACAUUUGAAAGGCAAGAUGCCUAUCUCUACGGUCAUCCCCAAGGCCGCAAGAAACGCUUCAGAAGUCCUGCCGAUUUCUUUCAUCAUCUGUUAUGGCUAGCUGUAGACAAAGAGGGCGAUCCCAUGAACUGUUCUUGUAAGAUAUGCUCGCCAGAGGGAGACGACGAUACCGCCGAGGAGCAGGCAAAAGCCGAACCAGUAGUUAAGAAAGAUAUCAAGCCUAUUCCGGCCUCAGCUCCUCCCGCCAGAGCUCCACAACCACUGCAGCCAGUGCAAGCUGCGGCAGCUAAACCAAGCGCACCUCCUAUGCAGGCACGAAACAGUUUCCAAUCGACUUCGGGGGAAGCGAAAGUUUCUGCGGAGCAACGUAUGGACGGCGAUGCCAAUGGCAAAUACCUCUACCGUUCGGGUGAGCUUGUAUGGUUUGAUAAUGGGUUGAACUGGCGUCUAGGUGUUAUAUCUAAAAGACAGCUGCAAAAUAAUAAGCCGCGAUAUUUGUUACAACCACUCUCGAACCCAUACCAGCAUCAACCACACCAAAUUAAAGAUGAUGAAGGCUCGAUUCGGCCUUGGCUAGCCUGGAGCGUACCUAAUACCACUAUUCCCGCAAUUCAGAAUCUUACCUACGACGAUGUUCCCUGGGAUCGCGUAGUAAGGGGAGAAUUGGACGGAGGUCAACCUCGAGAUUACGUGGUUGAUGGCAGUAUUCUCGCUGCAAAAGUUAUCGAUUCUAGCUACUCUCUCUACGAUCGAAUCGAAGGCGCCCUCGCAGGUCCAGGUGAGAUUCACUACCGGGGAAUGUUCUUGGGUGCGGAGAAGAUAUGGGUUGGCGAACCAGUUCGCAUUCGGGUUCCUGGAAACGAUAUCAUUGUUCUUAUUAUUCAAAAGUUGAUUGAGCGUACUGCUUCACCGAACACAUCCAUCGUCACGUUUGUUGGUGACGUGUACAAAUUCGUUGACAUGCCUACACCAUACAAGAGCCGCGCCGAAUGGCCAACUCCAAAGUUACCCGCCAGGAUGGUGAGCGAUCUUCGUUUCCGAAAUGAGGUGGCAGAUUCGGCCAAAACCGGGCAAUGGUACGAGUGGAGUUUAUUAGAGCCUAUGGCUAGGAAGGGUCUAUCUGAUAUCAAGGGUCGUUGGUACGAGACACGCACCCUACUUCCGAUACUCAGAGGUGCGCAGAAAUUUCAAGAAGAGGUUGCCAAAGGCUUGACCAGCGAUGCUGGAGCGUGGAUGAACGGAAGACGAGAUAAGAACAACAACCCCGAAACCAGAAAGAAGAACCGAAGGGACACCUUGGGAAGGGCUGUUCCGGCUGAUUUCAAGGUCAGUAGAGGUUUGGAUGGAAAUCCUGCUGAUGAUGUUUUCCCGGAUGUUCAGCAACCUCAGCUUGAACCUCCGAUUAGCUAUGUUGAGUCUGAUCUAGACCAGUAUAUGGAUCUGGAUCAAGCCGGUGCGAAUCAUGACUUUUAUGGCGCAACUUUGUAA